AUGGCGCUGUUUGGGGAGGGGUCUGUUCCCCCCCGGGGGUCCCCCUUGGGCUGUGCCCACCCCCGGUGCCCCCGUGGUGCCCCCCAGGUGCCCUCGGUGCAGGACACGGUGCAGGAACACCUGGGCCAGGUGAGGGCCGGGGGGGCCCUGCCCGAGCGGGAGCGUUCGGAGCUCAAGAGGAGGAAGCUGCUGCUGGAAGUGACCCUCAAAUCCUUCUGGAUCCGCAAGGGCAGCGCCUUCAGCACGGCCGUGGCGCGCCCGGAGACCGAGCUCACCCCGGAGAUGAUCGCCACGGGCUCCUGGCGCCGGCUGCCCUUCAAACCCUACAACUUCUCCUCGCUGGGGCUGCCCCCGGCCUGCGGGCACCUGCACCCGCUGCUCAAGGUGCGCUCGGAGCUGCGCCAGAUCUUCCUGGAGAUGGGGUUCACGGAGAUGCCCACGGAUAACUUUGUGGAGAGCUCCUUCUGGAACUUCGACGCGCUCUUCCAGCCGCAGCAGCACCCGGCGCGCGACCAGCACGACACCUUCUUCCUGCUGGACCCCGCCGAAGCCCCCCAGUUGCCCCCUGGCUACUCCUCCAAGGUGAAGAAGGUGCACUCGCAGGGAGGCUACGGCUCACAGGGGUACAGGUACGAGUGGAAGGUGGAGGAGGCAAAGAAGAACCUGCUGAGGACCCACACCACGUCAGCCAGUGCCCGUGCCCUGUUCCAGCUGGCACGGCAGGAGAAGUUCAGCCCGGUGAAAUAUUUCUCCAUCGACCGCGUGUUCCGCAACGAGAGCCUGGACGCGACGCACCUGGCCGAGUUCCACCAGGUGGAGGGGCUGGUGGCCGACCGGGGGCUCACGCUGGGCCACCUCAUGGGCAUCCUGCGGCAGUUCUUCACCAAGCUGGGGAUCUCCCAGCUGCGUUUCAAACCCGCCUACAACCCCUACACCGAGCCCAGCAUGGAGGUGUUCAGCUACCACGAGGGGCUGAAGAAGUGGGUGGAGGUGGGGAACUCGGGGGUCUUCCGCCCCGAGCUGCUGCUGCCCAUGGGGCUCCCCGAGAACGUCUCCGUCAUCGCCUGGGGGCUCUCGCUGGAGCGACCCACCAUGAUCAAAUACGGCAUCAACAACAUCCGGGAGCUCGUGGGGCACCGCGUCAACCUGCAGAUGGUCUACGACAGCCCCAUGUGCCGCCUGGAUGCGUGACCUCCCCCUCCCGGGGGUCCCCUCAUUUUGGGGAGGGGUCCCCACCCCAAAUAAAGCCCGGUGUCCUGCG